AUGGCUACUGAAUCCUCCUAUCCAACGCUGAGCGCUAAGCUCGAUCUUCGGGGUGAACAGUUCCGAGCUAACAAAGAAAGCUGGCUACCCGUGUUGGAGAAGUUUGAAGAAGCCUUGAAGCAGGUUUCUGCGGAAGGAAAUGAUGUUUCUUUGCGGAGACAUCAAACUCGGGGCCAGUUGUUGCCCAGGGAUCGUGUUGCAUUAAUUCUGGAUCAAGAUUCGCCUUUCCUCGAACUGGGCGCAUUUGCUGGAUUUAGAAACGAGGAUUCGACGCCUUGUGCAAAUUUGAUUUCUGGAAUUGGAAAUGUUUGUGGACGACCCUGUUUGCUCAUGUCGCAUAUUCCGACACAAAGUGGUGGUGCAUGGAAUGAAAUGACCGUUCUGAAAGUAAACCGAAUGAUGGAAAUUGCGUUCGAAAAUGACCUUCCCUUGAUCUCGCUAGUCCAAUCGGCCGGUGUGUUUUUACCUCAACAGUUCCGCGUCUUCCACAAGGGAGGGCAGCUGUUCCACGAUCUUGCGGUGCGAACACAACACGGCAAGCCUUCCUGUGCGAUCGUAUUCGGAUCAUCAACAGCGGGAGGAGCCUAUCACCCAGCCCUCUCUGACUACACUAUUUUCGUUGAGAAUCAAGCACAGGCAUUUCUAGGUGGUCCACCAUUGGUCAAAAUGGCCACAGGGGAGGUUAUUGAAGCAGAGGAGCUGGGAGGAGCGAAAGUCCACGGUGUGACAACUGGCCUUGCAGACCAGAUUGCAACUGAUGAAUUUGAUGCUAUUCAAAAGGCCAGAGAAUGGGUUGCUUCGCUACAGAUGCGAACUACUCCGAGACUAGAGAUGAUUGAGCCCGUUUCACCCCGAUAUCCGAUUGAAGACCUAUUAUCACUCGUGAACCCCGAUAUUCGUAAACCAUUUGAUAUGAAUGAGGUUCUACUACGUCUCGUGGACGACUCUCGACUCUCCAUCUUCAAACCGAAAUAUGGUCCCAAUAUUAUUACUGCAUGGGCCCAUAUCAUGGGAUUCCCCGUCGGCAUCGUUGCAAAUCAAAUCUCGGUGAUCAACCCCAAUGAAGCCGGAAAGGCUGCCCAGUUUAUUCGAAUGUGCAAUCAGCAGAACACUCCUAUCGUCUUCCUACACAACGUGACCGGCUUCAUGGUCGGCGCCAAAGCCGAACAUGCAGGUAUUAUCAAGGCCGGUGCCCAACUAGUUUCCGCCGUGAGCUGCUCCACUGUCCCUCACAUCUCCAUCAUUCUCGGUGCAUCAUACGGUGCCGGUAACUACGCCAUGUGCGGCAGGUCCUACAAGCCCCGUUUCCUGUUUACCUGGCCGACCGGUCGAUGCAGUGUAAUGGGGCCUGAGCAACUAUCUGGCGUGAUGGAGAGGGUGCAGAUAGCCAGUGCCAAGUCCAAGGGUCAGACUCUAUCUCCAGAAAAGUUGGAGAAGCAGGUCAAUGGAUUUAGGGAUCGGGUGGAGCGGGAUGCUGAAUGCUAUUCUACUAGCUCUAUGCUGAUCGAUGAUGGGAUUAUUGACCCGCGGGACACUCGGGACGUGCUAGCAAUGUGCCUCGAGACGGUUACUUUGCAGGGUGUAAAGGGGACGGAGUCGCAUAAUUUGCUUGCGAGAAUCUGA